GACCAGGGGCUGAGGACGGAAGUCCCACCUCCAGGAGCCCCGCCUCCAGAGGAGCCCCGCCCCAGAGCCGUAGCCACGCCUGUCUCCUAGCAACUGUAAACAGAAGUGCGCAGCUUCGACCCCCGGGCCUCCCAGCCUGGGUGGAUCGACUUGCACCCUCCGAACCUUCUCGCCUGGCGGCUGUGCAGCGGGUGUACGAGCUGGCUGACGCCAGGGUCUGAGCCCUGGGUGCUGCCCAGCGCAUCGCGUUGCAGCCAGGAGUGCCGGGCCUGUGGGUGCUCUGCGGAAUGUCCCUGCACGCCUGGGAGUGGGAAGAUGAGGACAGGGCGAGCAUGGGGCCCAUGUCCUCCAUGGGCAGCUUUUACCAGUCUGGCAGUGAGUGGGACACGGAGGAGUACCUGAAGGUCAGAACACAAGCCCUGGAGUUGGAUUCCGACCACCCGCGUAGCAAGUCCUCACAUGGGCCUGCCGACAGCUUCCAGUCUGAUGUGCCCCAGGCUGUCCCCUGCAAGUUCGUCAUCUCACUGGCCUUCCCGGUGACUGCUGGUCAUAGAGGAAAACAUACAUGUUUUAUUGAAAAACAUAGGAAACACUCUCGAAUGGACAAGCAUGCUUCCAAGGCUCGCUGUUACUACCACAUGGAGUAUUUCCUUCUGCCGGAUGAUGGAGAGCCUAAAAAGAUUGACAUGGUGGUGUUUCCAACGGUGGCCAAAUUGUUCCUGGAUUCAGGAGUAAAGACGGUGAGGCCAUGGCAGGAAGGGGACAAAAUCUGGGUGUCAUGGACCCAGACUUUCAACAUCAACAUGACGAAGGAAUUACUAAAGAAAAUAAAUGUUCACAAAAUCACCUUGAAGGUCUGGGACACCAAGGACAAAGUUUCAAGAAAAGUCAGGUAUUAUCGGUUAAAGACUCCUGCAUAUUCAGAAGACGCAGGAUCUUUUGAGGAAGUGAAAAAUUUGGUUUUAAGUCAGAGAAGAUUGUGUGAAGAGGACGCACACAUCAGAAAGGAGUGGAACCAGGAGCAUGCACCAGAAAAAGCAGAAAAGGCAGGAAAACACAUAAAGCCUUCACAUGCAGAGCCUGAAACUUUUUCCAAGAGCUCCGAGGAAUAUGAAAAGGCACUCCGAAUGGAUGAUCUUGGCACAGUUCGAUGGAGUACUUCAAGAGAACCAACUGUUUAUUUGGAGACAGCACCUGGGAUGGAGAUGAAGGAAUUAAUGGAGAGAUCAUUUAGCAGUUUAACAAACAUAGUAGAAAAGCAAAAAUUUCAAAGUAAAAGGAAAGAGUCAGAGGUGAAAAAGAAGAGCCAGAAGAGAAAGAGGAAAUCUCGAGUGGAAGACAGUGACUCCAAGGGGGCAGGAAAUUGGAAGCACGGAGCUUUCUCUACCGAACUGGUGCUGAUGCCGCUCCUCGCAGGAUGGCAAACUGUCACGAGUUGUGGCUGUUGGAAGUCUGCCAGCAUUUUAGAUUGUUAUUUGAGUUUUAAAACAGAAGUUCCUAUCAUGACUGAGGAGCAAAAGCAGGAUUUAAACCCUUUGACCAUAAAGAUCAAGUGUGUUUCCUGCCUUCCAUCACAACCUGUGCCAAUCCAUGAACUAGAGAGGCUGUGCACCCCCGUGUACUGCAAGUACAAGUUCUUUAAGACUCCAGUUCACAAGACGGAGGGGAAGCCCCAUGGAGUACACAUCUACUUCCAGGACAUCAAUGUCAUCUUUCUUGGGCCAAUGCAGCCCAGUGACCUGAGGGAAUACCUGGAGGGGCCCCCCAUGGUUGUGGAGGUUCACGACAGGGACCGCAAGUUAGAAGAGUAUUCCCGGAAGCCCACCCUGUUUGGGGAUGACCCCUUGGAUUCACACCUCAACCUCCAGGCCCUCAUCUCUCCGGAAGAGACAGAGAACAACCCCUUUGAAUCCCAAAACAAGAUAUGGGACCCUUAUGGGGUUGCCAAGGUCAGUUUUGCUGACCUUCUCCUUGGCCACAAGUACUUGAACUUGGUUGUCCCCAUCCACAGGUGUGAGCCCAAGCCCACACACCAUGGCCGGGAUGGCAGGAGCAGGAAGGUUGUGGGGUUUCGGUUCCCCCCAGGUGGCUUUCAGCACAGCUCAGUGCCCAUGGGCAACUACCUUGAAGCCAACUCCCAGCUCAAGCUGCGGGUGGACAUUGCAGUGCCACUGCGGGCCAGCGCCGAAGCCCCUGACCCUGAACUUACAGGCACCCUGUUUGGCCGCAUCAUUUUCGUGUUUGACUCCAGAAAGAUCUUCCUCCUCUCCAGCCUGCUGCAGGACAUCUCCAUGAUCAAUGCCAAGGCCCUUGAUCUGGACGCCUACUCUGCUGGGAACAUCCAGCAGAUUCUGUCUGCCUUUAAGAUGCACAUGAGGAUCCAGGAAAGGCAGGACCUGGAUGUGCUCACUGGCUUCCACCUGCUGGAUGGGAAGAUCCAUCUUCUCAUUCUGGAAGGUUUGGCUGACCAAGGUUUAAAGCGGCUGUGGGACAGCCAUCAAAGCCGAAACACCAAAGCAGAACACGGGAAAUGCAAGGUGCUCUACAACUCCGCGCUACUGUUUCGCCACCGCCUGUACGCAGACCUGGAGACCGUCCUGUACCAAGUGCACCUCUUCAAGCCGCUGUCGCAGCUCAUGAAGCACUCGGUGCUCUAUGUCCGCAACACCGUUCCAGAGAAGACCUUCCAGGCCCUGACCAGGAUCUACUGCAUCUGCUAUCACAGCAGCAAACUCAGGGAGGUGAUCACAGGAGACCUGCUGCCAUCCUCCGCCAUGGUCAAAGACUUGAGCCAAGAGCUGGGGCUGCCCAUUUCGCAAGGCCUCACAGAUGGAAAGCCGUUGGUCUUGCCAACUCCUCCCACCCCCAAUCUCGCGGACUUCCGAGGUCAGAAAUCCGACCUCGCUUAUGAGAUCCAAGCCCACCAGGAGAAGUAUCUGCAGUGGCGGAACGCCAUGGUGCUAAAGAACAGAGGCCAGGAGCGCAGCCUGAUCCAGAAAAAUAUUGCCAGGGUCUACCAGGUCGGCAAGAAGCCUCCGAAGUCUGUGGUGAAGGUGAUCAGAAUCGCAGCGCCUGCCAAAGACGCGGUUUAUAACUACAGCAUCCAGACCCUGAAUUCCACACAGCUUGCCAAGAAGGAGCUGUAUCGAGAGAUGGCCAAGGAGCCAAGGAAGAGGUUCACGUACUCCCAGAAUUACCUCUCAGCCAUGGUGGAGCCCCAGGACUCUGAGGAAGAGGAAAAGAAAGCCAAGAAGCAAUCCCGCCAGGCCUGGCUCACGGCCAACGGAUUCCAACUGACAGGUCUUCACAAAAGCACCAAAAGCGACCGUCACAUCAGGCUGCUGCCCGUUGGCAUGGUCACAGAGCUGAACGAGGAGUGGAGGGAAAACACACCGCUCGCUAACAUGCUGGAUCGAAGGAGGUGGACGUGGGACCGCCGCCACCAGGACUUUGACCUGUACGGGAAGCCACCACUUUUCUUCGAGCUGCCCCCUUCUCCAGUGCUAAAGCCCAGAACAGGUAGGAAGACAAAAGGGAGUAGCCCUGUGUCCUGAGCAGCACAGACCUCCUCCUCAGAGCUGACCGCCAGUGCGGGCCACGGCCACAACUCAGCAAACCAGCAGCCUCCUGGACCACUACCGGGCUGAGGCCUUUGACCUGCCCAGUCCCUCGCUCCUGAGACUCCUUGACUGGGUCAUGCCGCUCGCUGACCCCCUCCUCCAACCACUGGCCUCAUUAAAGUUCAGAGGAUUAAGCAGGC